AUGGGUAAGAAGAACACAAAAGGUGGUAAGAAAGGUAGAAGAGGGAAGAACGAUUCCGCUGGUCCAAAGCGUGAGCUGAUCUACAAGGAAGAAGGUCAAGAGUAUGCUCAAAUCACCAAGAUGCUGGGUAACGGUAGAGUUGAAGCCAGUUGUUUUGAUGGUAUUAAGAGAAUGGCACAUAUCAGAGGUAAGUUGAGGAAAAAGGUCUGGAUGGGUCAAGGUGAUAUUAUUUUGGUUUCAUUGAGAGAUUUCCAAGACGACCAAUGUGAUGUUGUCCACAAGUACAAUUUGGAUGAAGCCAGAACUUUGAAGAGUCAAGGUGAAUUGCCAGAGAAUGCCAAGAUUAACGAGACCGACAACUUCGGUUUCGAAUCCGACGAAGACGCUAACUUCGAGUUCGGUAAUGCUGAUGAAGAUGACGAAGAAGAAGAAGAUGAGGAAUUCGAUAUCGACGAUAUCUAA